AUGGUGAUUGAGGUGAGCCUUACGCUCGAUUCCCAGGGAUCCGGGCUGGGUGACGACCUGGCCUCGAUCCACGCGGGGGACGUGGUGGCCGGGAAGCGGGAGGGGGGAAAGAUUCCCUCCGCCCCUCCACCGGUCCCCCCUCCCCGCCCCCGCCAGCAUUCAGCCUGCGCCAUUCGAGCUCCGGGGCAGUGCGCGGCUUGCCCGCCGGCUCCUCCCCGCCUCCACAUCAGGCUCCUCCACAAGAGCCAAACCAGGUUUGGGAACUGGUUUGCGCCAAACGAGGGUGACACAGUGUCGCCGGUGGCAGCUGCGCUGGAAGUAAGACGGUCCUUCGCCGCGGAGCCCGAUCUCCAGCCGGGGCUCCCCCCGCCCCACGCCGCCGGGCUCUUCUGGCCAGGGCGGAGAAGCAGGACCCCCUCCCCGCCCGCUCCCACGAACACUGCUCCUCCGGACUGAAGCGGGGCUCCUCCGGGGCGGUCUUGGGCAGCUGGAUCUUGGCCCCUGCCUUUAAAGAUCAUCCGGGCCAGAGCUGGGGGGCCAUCGAAGCAGAGCUCAAGAGUUGGGGACCGAAGAUUGCCGCGGGGAACCGGGAUUAGCAGCUGGAAGCAAACCUUU